UAAAUGUACCUUUUGUCACUUCUACUUGUCGGUUGUCGUUUCGUUGCAGAUAUUGUUCAUUAAAGUGUGCAUCGAAGGUUUGGCGGCAUUGUUGACCAUCAUAAUAUCUGCGCACAAAAGCUUCAGCUUUCUUGCACUGCUGGACAAGUUCAACAGAGUCGACCGGGUCUCCUUGCAAAUCCAAUGUGAGCAAAUCGGACGCGCACAAAUAUAUUACACGUUGUACAUGGGUUUUGUUGUCGUUUACUCCUAUUUAUCCGUGUUCGGCACCAACAAACAAAAUAUCAAACAUGUUUUUUGGCCGUUGACGUGCUGUUUGAAUAUGUUGGCGUCCGCGCAAUAUGCCAUAUUCAUGAGGAUAUUGAGAAAUAAAUACGAAAUGGCAAACGGCUUAUUUCAAAGUUAUAUGGAUAACACAAGGACCUAUAUGCAACUCAUGUAUCCAAGGGAAAUAGACCGUUUAUUCGCAGAGCUACGCUAUAUAACCAAUGAAGUUAAGACACAUUACGCCGCCAAUACCCUUUUGUUUGUGGUCGUGACUGCUGCUAUUUUCGUGUCCGAUGUAACGAUAUUAUCAUGUCAUCUCAUCUACAAAGCUCAUGCACAUAUGAAUAAACAAGCGUUUUUUAUAAGCGUUUUUCGCCUAAUAUUUUUUUUCUUUUUUGUUCGAGAGGCGCACAAUACAAUACAAUCGACCAAACAGACAGUACUCAUUGCACACAAAGCAUUAUCGAGGACUAACAAUGCGGUUAUUUCUAAAGAAUUGGACACGUUCAUAUUGAGCUGUUGGAUUCAUCCGAUUGUAUUUGAUGUUUAUGAUUUGUUUGACUUGGACUAUCAACUUAUUCAAUCAAUUUUGGUAGCAGUGGCUACUUAUACAGUUGUGCUCGUGCAAAUUCAACUGGCUCUUCUGGAACACGCAUCCAAGGCAAACUCUGCGAUUGUUUAA